CCGUUUGGAAGGAAGGCGGACGGACGUAGCGGGGCAGAGGCAGGACGAGACGACACGGCAGCCGAGCACUGAGCGGAGGCAAGGUCUGUGUGGAGCUAUCUGGAGUUGGAGGAGGACACUGGUACUUCUCUGAUCCCAGGAGGAGAAUAAAAACCUCACUUGCAUAGCACUUUCCAAACAUUCACACAGCCUCAAACAUUAACACAUCUGAACGGAUAGAUCAUUACACACACACCAAAGCACACAAGCAGAUAUGAGUGAAGAUAAACCAGCCGAGACUGUGGAAACCACCCCUGCUGAGGGGAACGCUAUUCCUAAUGGGAAAGGCCAUGAGCCCGGUGAAGAGAUAACGGCGUCGGCCAAAACACCACCGGCAGAUGAUGGUGAAAAGGAAACUGUACCCAAUAGUGCCCAGAAUGCUAGUCCUCACAGAACUGAGAAUACUGGGGCCAACCUCCCAGAGAGCCAGGAGUUCUUAUCAGGCGUGGAGGACAAGAAAACAACACGUUUUACAGAUUUUGAAGGAAAAACCUCGUUUGGGAUGUCAGUCUUCAACCUGGGCAAUGCAAUCAUGGGAAGUGGAAUCCUAGGUCUGGCAUAUGCCAUGGCCAACACAGGGGUCGUCCUGUUUUUGGUACUUCUAACAGUGGUGGCAGGCCUCUCAUCAUAUUCCAUCCAUUUACUGCUAAAGUCAUCUGGUAUUGUGGGUAUUCGUGCGUAUGAGCAGCUUGGUUACAGGGCCUUUGGGACCCCGGGGAAGAUGGCGGCAGGUAUUGCCAUCACACUGCAGAACAUUGGAGCCAUGUCCAGUUACCUCUACAUAGUCAAGUAUGAGUUUCCUCUGGUGAUCCAGGCUUUUCUGAAGGUGGAUAAGCCUGCAGGUGAAUGGUACCUGAACGGAAACUACCUUGUGAUCAUUGUAUCGAUUGGAGUAAUAUUGCCACUGGCUCUCAUGAAACAGCUCGGAUACCUGGGAUAUACCAGUGGCUUCUCCCUGAGCUGCAUGGUUUUCUUCCUCAUUUCAGUAAUCUACAAGAAGUUCAAUACCCCUUGUCCAUUUGUGGACUUUGCAUUUAAUGGCACUACUAAAAGUGUUGUGAACAUCAGUGCUAUGGAACCUGGUGGGGAGGAAAACCCUGCUUGUAUUCCCAAAAUGGCCAACCUCAACUCACAAACGGCCUACACCAUCCCCAUCCUGGCGUUCGCCUUUGUGUGCCACCCUGAAGUUCUGCCCAUCUACACAGAGCUGCGCAAUGCCACCAAGAAAAAGAUGCAGCAUGUGGCCAACAUCUCCAUUGCAGUCAUGUACAGCAUGUACUUCCUGGCUGCUCUUUUUGGAUACCUAACUUUCUAUGGUGAAGUGGAAGCAGAGCUGCUUCACACCUACAGCCGUAUUGACCCAUAUGACACUCUGAUUCUGUGUGUGCGUGUGGCUGUGCUCACUGCUGUCACACUCACUGUACCCAUUGUGCUAUUUCCUGUACGGAGAGCAAUUCAACAGAUGAUGUUUCCCAACAAGACCUUCAACUGGCCUCGCCACAUUGCCAUUGCCUUCAUUCUGCUCACUUUCAUCAACCUGCUGGUCAUCUUUGCCCCCAACAUCCUGGGCAUCUUUGGGAUCAUUGGUGCCACAUCUGCCCCUUGUCUCAUCUUCAUCUUCCCUGCUGUCUUCUACAUUCGUAUUGUACCCAAAGAAGAGGAGCCACUGCGCUCAGUGCCCAAAAUCCUGGCUGCCUGUUUUGCUGGGAUAGGCUUCCUGUUCAUGAUAAUGAGUCUCAGCUUUAUCAUCAUCGAUUGGACAUCGGGCACCAGUAAAGCCAGCAGUGGUCACUAGGCACCACGCUCCUUUUUUUUUUCAUUUUUUUUUUUCAGGUUUUAUAUUGUUGAUUUAGAUCUGUGUUGUAAUGUUACUGUUUUUACUUUGGAUCAUGUUUGAUGUUGAAGAUGCCCUAUAUUUUCCAUUAGAGAAUAUUGGCCACACAGGAGGAGUCUAGAGUUCAGGACAGCUCUCUGUCCCUCUGCGCUUGCUCUCACUCUAAUGACAUUACAUUGUACUGUACAUCCUGCCAAACAGUGACUGCACAUCCAGGCCAGUAGACUUUCCUGGAAAGUUGAUAGUGAAUUCAUUGAGAGGCCAGGUGCAUAAAGGUUGAUGGUGAGACUUGGAGGCUGUGCCUUGUGAGAUGGAUGUAAAAAAAAAAAUGUAGGAUGCUGCUGUCUUUAUACACCUGUCCCUUGUGAGUCUCCACCACUGUCCCUGUCUUGUCCUAACAUGAUCUAUGAUCUGCUAACUGCUACUCAGAUUAGAAUACACAAUCUGAGGCACCUCCCUUUUAAAUGUUUUGAAUGAAAUUUAUUGAAUGAUAGACAAUUCUUUUAUUAUUUUAUCUAUUAUUAUUACUAUUAUUAUUAUUGUUAUUAAGUUAUUUGAAUAACUACAACUUUGCGAUUCUGUGCACCUGCAGAGGAAAGUGAUGGUUGAAGCUAUUGCACAGAUUGAUAGAUAAAUUAAAGGAGUAGUUCAAUGUUUUGGGAAAUGUGCCCACUAGCUUUCUUGCCAAGAGUUAGAUGAGACAAUUGUCACCUCUCUUAUGUCCGUACAGUAAAUAUGCUACAGCCAAGUUAACUUAGCUUACCAUAAAGACUGGAAAAAUGUUGAACUAUUCCUUUAAGGUGUGCAGCCUUUAGCUCCAUCUCCACUAACUUGUGCUGCUGCUGUUUAUUUUAAGGUUUAGAGGUGUUGAAAUCCUAGCCUCUGACAGAGCAGGGUGCAAAACCACUGAAAGUAUGUGGUACAGUGUUGUGAGCACAUUUAUCAUUACAUUCCUACACAAUAUGAUCUAGAUGUAUAUUUUUAAUAAUAACCUCUACUUGAUGAAAACCUCAGACAAUGCAGUAUGGACUGAUGAGAUGAUCCUCAGUUAAUGCUUAUACUGAGGCGAUCAGUGUAAGAGAGGCAGGUUUCAGGUCCGGAGCAUUUUUAAAUGGUUCUUGGCUGUUCAGAUCACAAGCAGUAUAAAAGAAUGCCUAUGUUGUGUCUUUUUCAGUAUUACUGUGUACAUGACAGCGAGAAAUGGUACUGAAGAUGUCAUCAGAUCAAAGUGAUAAAUAAAAUGAAGAGAGGAAAGUUACUGCUCAGUGUUCCUCAUCAUCGAGCGGGAUUGAUUUUUACCUGGAAGAUUUGAUGUGUUGUUUCUGAACAUUUACCGGAAGUAAUCAGAGAUAACCAAAACAUGUAUAAAACAACAACAGGGUCGCUUCAUGAAGUGGUUUGUCACAGUUUGGUGUCUGUAAAUAUUUGUGCAUCCAGCACAAGGUCGAUCCCUAACAGAAAAGACAGACAUGGGAUUACUGUCUCUUUAACAAUCUUGAAGUUGAUGGUUAGCAAUAGCACUUUCCUCUGAUAAGCACAACUUCUAGUAGCCAUUAAUGAGUUGAAACACAAGAAAAUUAUUUGUAAGAAAUUCUCACAUUUGCUAGAUGUGAUUUAAAGGCAUAUCCCUUUGUAUGACUAAAUCUUUGAUAAAGUAAUCAAUCUAAUGUAGAUUACGAGAAAAUUAGAAAUGUAUCGGUGGUAUAAAAUGGAUGUCUUCUCAAAUAUUACUUGAAAUAAUGUUAAACCUAACUUUCCUGUGAGCCCCUGCGAUCAUUAGUGUCCUCCUCUGGUCUGUUUUGUAGAUAAAACAACAAAUUAGAUGGGUGUUCUGUUGAAGGUUUUUAAGUGUCCCUGUUGUUUAAAAAAUGAAAACAUGGCUCCACUGUAUUUGAACUAUAGUAGCUAUGUGCAUUUGUGUUGUUAAACCUGGACCUAUACUCUGAUCAGAAGUAUAAUUAAAGUAUUUGUCUCCUACCAUUGAUAUAUUAACUGUUGUUUUAAACUUCAUGUUUAUUGUUUAUUGAAGUGUAUCAGUUGAAUCUGAUUCAGUGAUGAAAUGCAAGAUGCAAAACCUCUUGAUGAUUGUUUUUUAUGUUUUUUUUUUAAUUAUUAUUAUAUCUGUCUGUUAUAGUCAGUGGUAUAUCAUGAGUGAUAUAGUUUGGGUCAUUUCUGACUUCCUUGCUGCUUGUUGGCAGACAUUAACCUACUAACUUGGAGUUGUUAGUGAGCUGGUGUACUUGCCUAUGUUUCAUAAUUUUUUUUAAAGAUAAAAUCUUACUCCAGACCACAGUGAGUGCUGUAUGAGUAACUGAGUAUUGUCCUGUCAAUUUGUUACACAACAAACCUCUUUUAAUGGUUUUAUUUGAUUCUAUCAAGGCAUUUGGUUGUCUUUAUGUAUCUUUAUGCAGAGGGAAUCAUCUGAAUCAGCCACUGGGGCAUAUCUUUGUGUCUGGUGAUAUUUUAACCAGUGCAUGGGUUAUAUUUAUCCCCAAAUUCCUGUUGCUAGUUUGACCAUAAUUUUUGGCUGUAUGUAUGAUAAAGCCAUUUGGUAAAUCAAGUGAGUUUCAUAAACUGUUUUAUAAAGGUGCACACAAAACAAGAGGGGAUAUGGUGUAUGAAAUUGUAAUGGACUGCACUCAUAUAGCGCUUUUCUAGUCUUGUCAACCACUCAAAGCGGUUUACACUACACUACAAGCUAGAUUCACCCAUUCACACAGCGCUUUGUCUAUGCAUUCAGCGCUUUGCAAUUUUUCUUGCCAUGCAGUGUGGAAUAGCAGGGGGGAUCGAACCACCAACCUUCUGACUAGUGGACGACCCUCUCUACCUCUUGAGCUCUGUGUUAGUGGCUGAUACAAGAUGAUCUCUGAGGACCUGUAUUUAGACCUCAGUGUUGUUAGUCUCCCUCUUUGUGUGAUUUAUAUAUUGUAUGAUUGAAUAGUAACAUAUUAAAUCUUGACAUUGGCCAGCAUUUAUAAAUAAUGUAUAUAAAUGUAUACCCUUUAUAUUCUAUAUGCAUAUCUAGUUUGUAUAAUGUA